AUGAUUUUCAAUUCUAAGUCUUCAUUUCUAAAACAAAAUAAAAACUCCCUGUAGUAACUGGAGUUACUGUAAUAGCAUUAUCUUAUAAUAGUGGGUAGUUAUAGUAAUAGAUACACUUUUUGUUAUGGAAGCACGUCAUUGUUUAAGUGCACAAGCAAAAAAUACAUAUAGAAAAAUGUAGAGAAUAUUUGCACAAUUGUCGAAGGACACGCUAUACGUAUCAAGCGUAGAAUUUUCGUAUUUUUAAUAAGUAGCGAACGAAUAAGCAAAAGUAGAUCACCCUUAUAAUAUGAUGAUCGAGUUCAUCCAUCGCCAAAGACCAUGCCAUCUUAAAAUAUUGAAUAGAAAAUCAACAAUACUUAUUUAGAAUCAAAUUUCGUGACUACUAGCUUUACAAGCUACUUCUAUAAAGCAAUAAUUAGAGUUAAAAUUGAACUCUUGAAAAGACUAAAUAAGUGA